GAAAACCAAGGAAAAGAGCACCUAGCAAACAAAACAUAAACAUAACGAAGACGGAAGAAAACAAAAACAGAGCAAGCGCAGUGACAGAUAGAGAAGUAGAAGAGAAAGAAUAGAGCGGUGACGGAAAAAAAGAAGAAGAUGAGAGAAUAACGAGAGAAGGAAGAGGAGCAGAGGAAGAAUAAGAAGAAGGGAUCUGCAACAUCUUCUCCGACGCCGCCCUGUACCUCGCCCUCGCCGUCCAUCUUCUCUUUUGUCGUCAGCGCAGGCCAUCCACCGCCGCGCGACUUCCGCGUUCCGCCUCCGUUGUUCAGGCAAAGAGCAGCUCCCACAGUACGAAAGAAAAUCAUUCCUGAGUUUGUCGAGGAAACACCUAAACAUAUGUCCUAUUUAGGAAAUUGAAUUAGUCAGGUUAUCUAGAAAGCUACAACAAGGAUGCUUACCCUCCUCCAGGCUGCACACAUCCCCCAGCUUCCCUGUAUCAAUGGCUUCAAUGCCUCGCUUCACCAUAGCAGACACAGCAAACUAAUACCUUCGGUUGCUUGGAAGCAUGAUGAUAUAAAAUUGACUACACAAAUUCAUACUCGUGCAUCAUGGCCUUCUUCCUGCUCUAAAUUGAAGCUUGGUAGAAUAUCUGUAGAUUAUGAUAAUAUGUUCAAAUUCAAUAGAUUGCCAAAAUGCAUUCCCUUCAGAUCUGAACUUAGUGGUACUGACUCUACAAGUGCUGUCCCUCCACUUUCAGAUAUGCACCUGGUUUCAAAACUUCGAGGAAUUUGCUUUUAUGCUGCUACCUCUUUAUCUGCCAUUUUUUUGUUUGUGGCAAUGGUUGCUGCACACCCUUUUGUUCUCUUAUUUGAUCGGUACCGUCGAAAAGCUCAUCACCUUGUUGCUAUGGUCUGGGCAAAAUUGACAGUCUCCCCAUUUUACAAGAUUGAGAUUAACGGAUUGGAAAAUUUGCCACCCAAUUAUGCACCUGCUGUGUUUGUGUCCAACCACCAGAGCUUUUUGGACAUUUACACUCUCCUUACUCUUGGGAGAAGCUUCAAAUUUAUUAGCAAGACUGCUAUUUUCUUAUUUCCCAUCAUUGGCUGGGCCAUGUAUCUGAUGGGAACUAUUCCUUUGAGGCGUAUGGACACUAGAAGCCAAAUGGACUGUCUUAAGAGAUGCAUGGAUCUUAUCAACAAGGGAGCGUCUGUUUUUUUCUUCCCAGAGGGUACUAGGAGUAAAGAUGGAAAGCUAGGUGUAUUCAAGAAAGGGGCAUUCAGUAUUGCUGCAAAAAGUGGAGUCCCUGUUGUUCCAAUUACCCUUAUCGGAACCGGAGAAAUAAUGCCAGCAGGAAUGGAAGGCAUGGUAAAUUACGGGACAGUUAAAGUUGUCAUUCAUCAGCCUAUUGAGGGAAGUGAUCCAGAAGUGUUAUGUAGGGAGGCAAGGAAUGUGAUAGAAAAUCAACUUGCACUCCACUGAUGAGAGAGAUAUACAUUGUUCUUUUGUUUCAUUUUAUUAUCCAAAGGGGGUUUUGUCUGGGCUUAAAACUUUACUUCUGCACUUCUUCAAAGUGUAGAAUGCUACCGGUUACUACUUCAAAGAACGACCUCCACAUACUCUGCGCCAAUGCACGUAAUGCCUGCACGCCGGGCAUGGUAGCCCUGACCAUUGGAUGGAGCUGCUCACACUGAUUUAGGCGUGGAUAUGGUCCCUUCCUGGGCCAGAUUUUCACGUAAAAAACAGGGGAUCGAACAGGAAUCAGAAUUGACUGGUUGAAUCAUGAUUUGGAGGAACAAGACAGGCAUAAAGCCGAGUCAGGAUCCCCCAUUCCGGUUAUAGAAAGUUGAAAAUAAUUGGCAGGUCUGGUCUCAUUCUUGCUUGAAAUCGGGACCUGCGUCCUCCCUUGUAUGAGUAGGACCAGGUAGUUCAAAUCCAAUGGUUGAAAUCGGGACCUACAUGGGUAGUACCAAUGUAGCCCGAUUUCAGAUCUCGUCUAACUUCUAAGAGGAUAUGAUACUAUACCCUAGAGAUUUAUAAACUUAUAGCGAGGAGAACAAUAUGCUUGGAAUAACGAUUAUUUUCGAAUUCCACAGUUUGUCUGAAAGAAUCGACUGGAAUAAGGAAUUAAGUUGUUAGAUAUCUGUGACUCUGUGAGACUCCCGC